ACAAUUUGGAUAAAUCACUGCAAGCAGCAAAUGAAGAGUUGAGAUGUUAUAUUUAUCGCCCACAAUUAUUAUUAGAUAAUAUUAAUCCAUAUGAGUGGUGGCAAGGUUCAAAACAAAUGCUUCCUGGACUAGCUACUCUUGCGAGAGAAUAUUUGCCUGCAUUAACAGUGGAUGAUAAAAAUCCAGUAGAAAAUCUAGAUGAACUUAUAAAUACUUAUGACGAUGACGACAUG